AUGACAGCGGCCGUUGAAAACAGCCCAAAAUUAUGCCGCCUACACGUCAUCGACAGGGUGACAGAUCGAAGAUUCCUUGUGGACACGGUAUCCGAUGUGAGCAUAAUACCUUCCCCUCAUAAGGGGGGUAACACAAGGCCGACCUCGAACCAACUGUACGCCGCCAACGGCACGUUGAUACCAACGUACGGCAUAGUAGCACUCCAACUGGAUUUCGGACUGAGAAGAGCAUUUCCGUGGAGAUUUGUGAUAGCCAAUACAACACAACCGAUACUGGGAGCCGACUUCUUGGCGCACUACAGUCUCUUGCCAGACAUGCAGAGAAGGAAAUUAAUAGACAGGAAGACCGGCCUGACGACCGAAGGAAUCGCGAGCAUUUCAUCAACGCCUUCCGUCAAGACAAUCGUCACACCAAGCAAGUACCAUGAGGUUCUAGCAAAAUAUCCUGAUCUAACAAACAUCACGGGACACCAGCGCGAGGCGAAGCAUGAAACGCAACACUACAUCAAAACAACGCCUGGUCCACCCGAAGCAUGCCGACCACGCAGACUGGCCCCUGACAAGCUGAAAGCGGCCAAAACAGAGUUCGACCUAAUGCUAAGAGAAGGCAUUAUACAGCCUUCAAAGAGCCCAUGGUCAGCACCGCUACACCUGUACCCGGUUGCAAAACAAGGUAUAGAAACGUAG